CUCCACAAAUGUUUCUGACUGGACGAUCAUUUUGGGACGUCUGAAGCAGAAUGGAUCAAACCCCUUUGAGGUGUCUUUAAAUGUAACAAACAUCACCAUGAGCAACCUGACAGGGACCAACAUUGCUGUGCUUAAUCUGUCAGCUCGACCCACUCUAAACAACUACAUCCAGCCUGUCUGUCUGGACAACACAAGAACGUUCCCAGUGGGGUCCACCUGCUGGGCUGCUGGGUGGAGCUCGGGCCAAGGAGGAGUAGAAGAAGUUCUGUUGGAGUUCCAGACGUCAGUGGUGGACUGUGGGAAUAUCUCCAUCAGUGACAGAAUCUGUACAGAAUUCUUUAAACUGGAGCAGGGGGACUCUGGCGGCCCGCUCAUGUGUAUUCAGGACGGUUCCUGGUUCCAGACAGCUGUUUUACCAUUUUCAGGCACCUCUACCAGGACAAAACGUCAGACAGCUGUUCUUGUUUUUCCAAGUCUGAAAAACUAUCAGCCAUUUCUACAGAUGUCACUGGGCACAUUCUUGUCUCCACGCACCAUCAGCAGCACCAACGACACCAACACCAUCAGCAGCACCAACRACACCAACACCA